CGAGUUGACUAAGUUCCUUGGUCACAUGAUCAUUUCAAAAUGUCGGCGGAUCUGACUCUCGGGUCCGUUCCGGCCUACUAUCGAGAGGUAUAUGAAAUUUUGUGCCCCCACAACGAACAGGUGGAUAAAGAUCUUUUUAUACAGCUGUUGUUAAAGUCCAGUUUGCCACGCCCAACAAUAUCACAGAUAUGGGACAUGGUAGAGAGCAAGCAGGGCUACCUAACUCGCGUCGGGCUGUACAAAGCUUUGGCUCUUACUGCUCUGGCCCAACAAGGCAAAACUGUCAGUGAAAAACUGUUGGAAAGUUUUUCUGGGCAUGAACUUCCCAGACCUAACCUAGGUGAUUUAUCAGACCUACGAGCAACAAGCAUCAAAAUGCGAAGACAGAAAUCUCCUAAUGUUCUGGGAUAUUCCUACCAUGAACUUUGCAAACUGGACACAAUCAAAGUAGAACUUGUACCAGAAAAGAAAGGACUUAUUUUGAAACAUGUGGAAUAUGAAGUAACAAGCCAGGUUUGCAAAACAACUGUGUUAAGAAGAUACAACGAUUUUCUGGCAUUCCAAGAAAUGUUAAUGACACGGUUUCCAUACAGACUUAUUCCAAGACUUCCUCCAAAGAAGAUGAUGGGAGGCAAUCGAGAGUUUAUAGAGCAGAGGAGGAAAUCCUUGCGACGCUUCCUAAAUCUCAUCGCACGACACCCACAGAUGUAUGAUGACAAACUUGUCAAAUUCUUCUUCUCUUAUUCAGGGACAGAUAUGCAACACAAAAUUAAAGAAGUUUUCAGGGGAAUCCCAGAUGAAUUUAUGACCAGUAAUCUUGCAAGUCAAGCAAAGGACCUAGUUCCAAUGGACACUCAGACACAGCUUUCUAAUAGUAAAGAACACAUUAGGAUUUUAUAUAACAGUGUGUGUAAAUUAAAAGACAUCACUGAGAGAAUGGUGUUCAGAGCCACUAACUAUGCCUGUGAUAUGCUGCAGUUUGGGCAGGAAUUAAGUCAUUUAAGUAACGACAGUACCCAAAUCUCUGCUUGGGCGACUGGAACUAAUGAUACAUGGGCUCAUCUGCAGAAAGGGUUCAAACAUCUUUCAGUAGAGUAUGCUGCCAUAUCGGAGAAAAGCUCAGUCGAGGCUGCAGAUGAAGAUGAACAUGUUUUAGAGAAAAUAUCUUUUUUCCAAGAUAUGUUGAUAUCCUACAGAGACUUAUGUGAGAGACACGAGAAAGGGGUACUACAAGAUCAUCAAAGGGCGAUCGCUAAAAUGGGGCAAUAUAAAAAGAAAAAGAUGUCGGCCACUGUCAGCUCCUCUGAGGCUGGUGCAGUUGAACAAUUGGAACAAAAAAUUCUUGAUCAAGAGGGUCAGAUAGCCAAUAUGGAAAACAGGAAUUACUACAGCUUACACUGUUUACAAAUGGAGACCCAGCUGAUACACGCUAACCUGGAUAUCUUAUAUGACAUUCUGGGGGAUAUGACAAAGAUUCAAGCAAAAGCACACCGAGAGCUAGGAAAAGUUUGGGGUGAUAUUCAGCCAAUCAUAGACAAUCUACAGGGGCCCCGCCCUGAUUCUCCGGCCAGGCUGUCCCCUGUGGGAUCACCCACCAGCAAUAAUCACCCAGGGAUCACAGCAUAGUACACACCGACCCACCCACAACAGUAAUUGACCUCUCUACACUGGUUGUUUUCUGCCUCAUGAUCUAACCAUUCCAUAUUAUACACAGUACCGCUGUGGUGAACGUACUCCAUCUUUCAAACUGUUGAUAAAUUACGGAUUUGAAAUAACACUUGGAUACAUGCAGCUGAUAUACUUAUAUGUACUCUUUAUGGUUUCUAUGGAAAGCAAUUUUUGUUUAAAUUUGGUGUUUACAGUUUUUGUGGUAUUCAAAUGAUACAUGUAUGAAGAUGUGCUGAAACUGGGUCCUGUCUAGUCACUAUUCUCAGUCUCUGUUUUCCGGUUCAUGUAUGUAAAAGUCUUCAUCAUACGUGCAUGUACUGUAUACCAGGAAAUUUUCACUCAUUCUUUUUGCUCAGAUGCUUAGAAAAAUGAUUUAAAGAUUUGUCCCAUUAUAAAUUUGCCUAAAGCUAUGUAUUAUAAUGUAAUACUAAGUCAGGGUUAUGAAUAAAUUUUGAUUUACCCAGUUUUUAAUUUGCCAAUUCAGGAUGUGGAUGUAAAUUGGUAAAAAAAAAAAAUUCCAGUACACAAUGUACUAGAAGCUUGGUCGAAACAUGAUUCAGAAACCACCUUUGCAUUUAGGUAAUUCUGCAUAAAUAUUGUAUGUUAAGAAGCUCAAAGCAUGUAUAUCUAAAAUUUUAUAUGAAUAAUCAAGAAAGCAUUUAUGUUUGACCUGCAUGUACAUAUAAUUCCUAGUCAUGUUACUUAGGUUUGUAUUGUUUAAAGACACCCCCCCCCCCCCCCCCCCCCCCACCCCUGCAUAUCAAUACACAAUUUUAUAUCACAAUUGUAAAACGAUGUCUCAAAUUUUGUGGGAUUUUUUGUACAUGAACUACCCAGCAUUUGUAUGCAGUCAUGUAAAUAAUUCCUUUACAUUGCUGUAUUAGGGUCGAGAUCAAAAGAUCGAUGUCAGAUAAAAAUCUAAAUUCAAAUAGUUAGGGGGAGGGGGAGUUAAACCUCCUGUAAGUUUCUAUCAUCCAACAUUGAUUUCUCUUUAGUGAAAAAUGAUAAAAGAUAAGUGACUGUUUAAAAACACAUAUUAAUAAUAUUACAUUUUAAUGCGCAUUUGAUAGUGUUAAUGCAUACUAUCAUUUGUGAAUAAACAGUAGAAAAGGUAUACCGAGUGUUAUUUAUACCCGUAUGUUUUUACUUGUUAAUCGAUUAGUUUCAACACUAAUCAUAUUUAGGUUUUGGUGAAAACUAUGUGAAUUUACUUUUUUGUCAGACAUUGAACAUUUGAUCUCGCCCCGUAGUUUGAGGUUGUUUGUAGUUUUGUUUCUUCCACAUACAGUCUGUGUAAAUUCUACUGCAAUCUUGUCUAAGUAACGAUAGCUUGUUUUGUGUGUGUGAGGAAAAUGUUUUCAUAAUAAACUGCCAUUGUGUUACAUGAAUUGCUAAAAUAAAAUCAGCAUGAGACUGCAGAUUGCAUGCUUGAACAAUUCUAGCAAUAAAUAUUCAGGGCAUCAAUGAUUUAAAAAUUCUCUUGAUAUAUUGUAGAUUCCUUAUUUUACGCGAGUACUUUUCAAAUAUUGCAAAAUGACUCGUGGAUGUCAGAUCACAUGAUCAUGAAUUCGCGAAUUGUGUAUUAAAUUGAUCAAUAGUUUUAACAUGCAUUUCAGCAAUAUAAAGAUAAAAGCGGGUAAUUUUAUUUCGCGUGUGAUGCGUCUUGCGAACUUACGUGAUUAUAAAUUCCUUGCAUAUAUUUAGUAAUCUACAGUAGUUGGGAAUUUUAAAGAAAUUUCAACCAUACCAAAACAUGAAAUCAACGAAUCCCAAGAGAAGUGAUAACUUUUUUUCAUACUGUUUUAUUUUCUUUAUUGAUAUUACAAAUCCCACAUCAUACAGAUUAAAUGUAAAAUUAUUUAUUGUGAAUAAAUUGCAUCACCAGAAUUAUAGAGUAGUGAUUGACGUAAGAUACAUUGUAUUAUAUUGAAGUAGAAAAUGGAUAUAUGUAAGUAGUAUGUGGAAUUUACUAACAGCCUCUUCUGUGGAUAAUGGAUAUCAGAUCUUAACUGGUCAGGCAUGUCGUUAAAAUGUGAAUAUUUUAUAUCCUCAUUGUACUGUUGUCAUUUUCAGUCUUUUGUUUUGGUUAAGGGAAUGUAUGAUUGUUCAAUAAGAAAUUCUUUUUAUGGAUCAAUUUGAAAGGUUAAUAGAAUUGUUUUAAUUGCAUCAGGCAUUUUGUCUAUUUUGUAUUUCAUUAAAGGUUUUAUCAGUUGAAGUGAUAAAGGUCUGGUAUUUAAAUGGUGCCAUUAUAGAUGUUCUUGUAAUAUUCUAAAUGUAAAAUUUCCAUAGUGCUGAAUCCGUUUAUUAUAUACAUACAGGUUUCGAGAUCAAUGUGAAUGUUUCAUUCUGUCAUUUUGAAGUGCACAAUGUGGAAAAUCUACAAACUGAUAACUUUUCACUGCCAUUGAAAUGAAAUGAUUCAGAUGUUCCUACAGGUUUUCAUGAAAAUUUUGUUAUUUUGGUUUCAUUUGAACAUGGGUGUUUUCUAUGUGAUUUUUUUAAAAUGCUUUAUGAAAUGCAGGGGGAUAAAAACAAGGAAUUACUUUUGCAAUUAUGAACCUCAGAUAUAUGUGUGCUAGAUAUCGAAAAUAUCUUAAUUUUCAUAAAGAGGUAUAGCGCAUUUGCUGACGAUACGGCCGACUCAGAAAUCUAAAUGGAAAACACCGGUUUCCAAUAAUAGACUGGCGUGUUAUAUUUAGAUAUAAGGCCAACGUUUUUGAUGUUUCGUUAACCAAAAUAAAUAACUGCCGCAGUUUAGCAUUACUGACAUUUAUAUGAGUCGUUCUUUACUUAAUAAACCAUUUCCCUAUUUGGAAUGAUGAACAAUACAAUAUUUUCAUAGACCUGUGCAUUCAUAUUACACAACAACCCUUUUACAUAUGGCAUUACUUAACUCACUGUUCUGACAUGACUGCAGCGCCUUUAAUAGAUGUCAUUAGUUCAUUUUCCUUUGGUUGAUAAUUCGAGUGUUCAUCUUUGCCUAAAUAUCAUAUGACAGUUGCUACAUGAGUUUUGAUUUUUUUUUUUUUUUUUGAGAAGUCAAACUGUAUAACAGUUCUUUUCCUCCCUUGACUUAUUUUUACUUAUUACAUGCUGUGCAUUUGUGUCCUUUUUCUUGUAGUAUUUGUUUAGAUUUUCGUCAUCCACAUUACGGUUUGAAAUUCCUGUGCACACAGGAACAUGUUAGUGUAAACAAGCGGAACUACAAUGAUCUCGGAAUAAAUUCCCUUUCUUUAAGUUGUAACUUGCAAAUGUUAGAAGUUAUGAUGAAAAUGACAAAUAUUUGUUAUAUAUGUAUCACAUUUUACCCCCCCCCCCCCCCCCCUCAAGAAAACGACCCCAAAAAAUGGAAAGCAAAAAAAAAUAAAAAAAAUAGAUUGGCAAAAUAUUGGACUUGAACUCGGGGGAAUGGAUGGUUUAAGUGUAGGAUUACCAUGCACCUAAACCACUAGGCCACCCAGGCUUGUAAGUUUAAAGGUUUAACUUUUGACAGGCUGCUAAAUCUCAAGGUAAAUUUUGAGAACGAUUUUUUCAUAUUUUAUCCAUUUUCAACAAGAGGGCCACCUUAAACCAAAUUUCCUCAAACGGACUUAUAUACAGUCAUAAGCAGGUAAAACAACUUCAGUGUUUUAUUUCUGGUUUAAGGUGGCCUUUUGCAACAGUUUGCAAUUUUUUAUGCCCAUUACGUUACAUCUACUAUAUACUCUAUAUAAUCACGGUGAUGUUUAUGCUUGUCAAAUAAAUAUACUAUCAACAUAUCGAUAUCUUUAUUAAGUAAUUUGGGUAAACACAAGUAUAAACUGACAUUGUAUAGCAGAAUAUUUGUAAAAAAUGAUAUUAAAGAAAAAGGUAUUUAUGUAGGCGAAAUUGCAUACCAAGUGCGCUAUACCUCUUUAUACUAUCAUUUUGAUAAUGUUGACUCGUUUCUUUCCGUUUGUUUAUAUUUAUGACUUUGUGAGGUGCACUUAAUGCUGUGCACGUUACAUUUGUACGAGUUUGAACUUACCACAAGACCUGCUAUAUAUACACUGUUAUACAGUUGAAUUACUGCAUCCUUGUCCAGUGUGUUUAUGGACUUCAUUUGUUGUUAUAUCUGUAUGUUAAGGACAUGUCGUAAUGUGAUAUUUGUCCUACUUAAAUUGUUAUACCACAAAUAAAGGAAUGAAAAUUG